AUGACCUUGACCAUCUUUUUCCACAAGGCCAAACGCUUUGUUCUACGCUCAGGGCCAGCUUACGAGUACGAUCUAUUUGGCGAUACCGAUACCGAUGCCGACCUCCAGAAAAGUGAGAGAGUGGCGGGUUGGCACCAAGGUGCCCGUCUAUGUUUUGGAGGCGCGUUAUGUUGCCUCAUCAUCGAAGUGGUGCUCUUGGUCGGCUUCAUCAUUCGUGACCACAAAGUCACGGGUCACGGCGUCAUUUUUGAAGGCAGUUGUCAGAAAGUCAAGCAUCUCAAUGUGCUGUUACUCGUGCCCCUGAACGUGGUGGGCACCUUUCUCAUCUCAGGCAGCAAUUAUGUCAUGCAAUGCCUUAAUGCUCCCAGUCGCCGGGAAGUCGACAAAGCGCACGCCAACGGGGCCUAUCUCAACAUCGGAGUUCCCUCCAUCACCAACGUCAGAUAUCUCGGCUUCAAAAAGACUGUGAUCUGGGGGGUGUUGGGCUUGUUCACCAUCCCCAUCCACCUGCUGCUGAAUUCGGCGGUUUUUGCUUCGUUGCAAUCCAACAAUUACGGCGUCCUGGUGGUGGAUACAGGAUAUGAGGAUGAUCCUACGUGGCGGCUGUGUCAAUCUUCGGAACUGAGUGACGCCCCGUUGACCUUUGCUUGUACGCUUCUCAACCAUGCAACCGGCGUCAACGUGACCAGCAAUCGGCGAGAACCCGAGGACUGUAUCCGUCUAUACUUGAAUACUCUGGGGAGCAGCACGUCGAAUGUGAUGUUGGUGACGAAGAACACCACACAAUCGCGUUGGAGUCUUUUUGCCACGCCCACGAUCGACUCGGACCACUUUUCGGCAUGUAACCACACAUGCUACGACAAUCUUCCCGGGAUGCUGAACGUGAGCCUCGUGUUGAGCACUGCAGAUGUUGCCUGGAACAUCAGUUCAAUCUUGGGGGUGUGGGACGCGCUGGACUACAAGUACAUGACGAGCCUUCAAUACUCCAAGUUCGACUUUUCGGGUCCCGACAUGAGGACGGCCAACCGGUGGGAGCCCGAUGCUUGGCUCUGCGACACGGGUACCACCGGUCCGCUUCAACCGUGCGUUUUAGGCGACGUGGCAGAGACCGCGGCAGAUUGGAGGAUAACACCCAAUUCCCUGCAGAUCGAUCAUUGCUGGGUUGAACCUGAAGCUCCAGAAUAUUGCAGAUUGUACUACAGUACAGCGAUCAUGGCGGUCGUGAUAGCUUGUGAUGUUGUCAAGACCUGCUGUAUCGCGUUUGUCAUCCGGUUGUCCAAAUGCAAUCGAAAGUCCCACCAGGUUGUGCUCGCCACCCUGGGCGAUGCCAUCGAGUCCUUUUUGGACCGUGCCGAUGAAACCAGCGCCGACAGGUCUCUGAUCGACCAGAAGCGUGUCCGGUCCAUGCUCGGAACCGGGAUUUACUGGAUGGACGACGGCGACUAUUUUGAAAGCUUGCCUCUUGAGGAGCGGGUGGCGGAAUGUCCUCGAGUAUUUGGUCCGCAACCGAUCACAUUCCAAGCUGAAAGACAUCGACUGUUGGAGCGCCCGUCACGUUCGCGCUGGCUUGCAACCGGCCCGAUUUUUGGCCUCAUCGUCGUCGCGGCUUCGGCUGUUUUGGGCAUCGGCAUGGUCAACUUGAGAAGCCUUGGAGUUUCGGACAUCUGGUCGCGCGGGAUCGGAACCAUCGACCCUAAUGCGAUUUUCACCACCACCGCCAUCGACCCUAUCUAUGCGAGAUUGUAUGAUGGGGCAGAGACCGGGAGGAUGUUCCGCCUCAUCCUCAUGAUCAACACCCCUCAACUGUUGGUGUCCAUGCUCUACUUCCUGUACAACGGACUCCUCACCAGCAUGAUGUGUGCCUACGAGUUCAGCAAGUUCAGCCUCCAGCCGACAACGUUGCGGGAAGGCGUGGUUCAAAACUUUCGAGACAUUACCGCCUGCGGAUUCAGCCCCCUGGCGAUCCUGUUGUUCCUGGUGAUUUUGUUUGUCCUGGUGGCGGUCCUGAUCGCGGUCGGUUCCAAGCAUCUACCAGCGGGUGUGCCUUUGGUCGGGACGUGUUCCUGGGCCAUCAGCGCUGCUUGUCAUGAUAUCGGAGGGGAGAAGGACGCCGCCAUCAAACCGCUCAUGUGGGGUGAGAUUGCGUCCAGCGACCCAGAUGGGUUCGGUCAUUGUUCGAUUUCUAGCCGUACAGUUGUGCAACCGACAGAAGGUCGGACCUACGCAUAA